CGACCCCACCCCCUUAGAGUCAGAGUCUGUGCGUUUAGGGUGCGGCCUUUCUCAGAGGGAUCGACUCAGACUUACUGAAUCCUAGAAGUCUUUACCUGAGGCAGUUCCUGCAAUGUACUGUAUAUUUCAUGACAUUCCAUGUAAAAGAUUAAAAGAUCGAGACCGUUGAGUGACAGAGAUAUGAACUGACUUAUCUAAGGCUCCACAGAUGGUAGAUGGCAGAGCCGAGACCUGAGCCAAUUAUCUUUUCUCCUGCACUGUGCGGGGUAAUACAGCUCGUUUAAAACAAGCUGGAGUCUCCAUUCCGUUUUCCGCGUUGCUUCUCACAACUCACCGUUAGAAUCCAGAAGUAAGAGAACCCAGGGAAGCGUAAGGAAGAUGAGUAGGACAAAGAUUCUAAGAAGGUGGGAAGGAAGAAGGCUGCAGUCUAUUUCAAGUCUGGUGAAUUUCAAUCACUGUAGCCUUUAUUGUUAUUUUAGAGCCACCUAGACCAAAAGAGAAGGAGCUUAAAUUGCUGAAAUCCUAGAAAGCAGAAAACAACAGGAAGAUGUCUUAUUGGGAACUACCCCCAUCAACUUCACCAUGAGUCAAACAAGGAAGAAAACUUCCUCAGAAGGAGAAACUAAGCCCCAGACUUCAAUUGUCAACAAAUUUCUCAGGGGCUCCAAAGCUGAAAGCAGAAAACAGAACAAUGACCUUAAAACAACUGAUUCCCAACCCAGCGACUGGAUACAGAAGACAGUUACCUCAGAGACUGCUAAGCCUCUCAGUUCAGAAAUGGAAUUGAGAUCCAGUAUGGAGAAAAAUGAUCAGUUCCUGCAGAAGCUGGGCAAAAAGGCUGUCAACAGGUGUCUAGAUUUGAAUAACCGUGGAUUAACAACAGCAGACAUGAAAGAAAUGGUUGCCUUGCUGCCUUUUCUCCCAGACUUGGAAGAACUGGAUAUCUCCUGGAAUGAUUUUGUAGGUGGAACCCUCCAUUCCAUUACUCAGCAAAUGCAUCUGGUCAGCAAGUUAAAAAUCUUGAGGCUGGGUAGCUGCAGACUUACCACUGACGAUGUUCAAGCACUGGGAGAAGCACUUGAGAUGAUUCCUGAACUUGAAGAGCUAAAUUUGUCUUGGAACAGUAAAGUGGGAGGAAAUUUGCCUCUGAUCCUUCAGAAGUUCCAAAAAGGGAGCAAGAUACAAAUGAUUGAGCUUGUGGAUUGCUCCCUCACGUCAGAAGAUGGGACAUUUCUGGGUCAACUUCUACCUAUGCUGCAAAGUCUUGAAGUACUUGAUCUUUCCAUUAACCGAGACAUUGUUGGCAGUCUGAACAGUAUUGCUCAGGGAUUAAAAAGCACCUCAAAUCUGAAAGUACUGAAGUUACAUUCAUGUGGAUUAUCACAAAACUGUCAAAAUAUUGGCUAUCAGAAUGGGAUUCUGACUUUCUUUGUAGAUGCUGCUUUUAGGUAUUUGGGUGAGCUGAGGAAAUUAGAUCUUUCCUGCAAUAAGGAUCUAAGUGGAGGUUUUGAAGACUUGCCGGCUCAGUUGGUCAUGCUAAAGCAUCUGCAAGUCCUAGAUCUUCACCAGUGCUCACUAACAGCAGAUGACGUGAUGUCACUGACUCAGGUCAUUCCUUUACUCUCAAAUCUUCAAGAAUUGGAUUUAUCAGCCAACAAAAAGAUGGGCAGUUCUUCUGAAAACUUACUCAGCAGGCUCCGAUUUUUACCUGCACUGAAGUCAUUAGUUAUCAACAACUGUGCUUUGGAGAGGGAGACUUUUACAGCUCUCGCUGAAGCCUCUGUUCACCUCUCUGCUCUGGAAGUAUUCAACCUUUCUUGGAACAAGUGUGUUGGUGGCAACUUAAAGCUGCUUCUGGAAACACUAAAGCUUUCCAUGUCUCUUCAAGUGCUGAGGCUGAGCAGCUGUUCCCUGGUGACAGACGACGUGGCUCUCCUGGCAUCGGUCUUACAGAUGGGUCAUCUGGCCAAACUGCAAAAGCUGGACCUGAGCUACAAUGACAGCAUCUGUGAUGCAGGGUGGACCAUGUUCUGCCAAAACUUGCGGUUCCUCAAAGAGCUAAUCGAGCUGGAUAUUAGCCUUCGACCAUCAAAUUUUCGAGAUUGUGGACAAUGGUUUAGACACUUGUUAUAUGCUGUGACCAAACUUCCUCAGAUCACUGAGAUAGGAAUGAAAAGAUGGAUUCUCCCAGCUUCACAGGAGGAAGAACUAGAAUGCUUUGACCAAGAUAAAAAAAGAAGCAUUCACUUUGACCAUGGUGGGUUUCAGUAAACUGAUUUCCCAUGUCCUACUAAGCUACAAACCAUUCUCCAAAGGAAAAGAACCUAAACGAAUUCCAGAGUCAUGAACUGAAUUUCAACUUCUGGGCCGUUUAAUGGGACUUGUAUUACAAGAGCUUUGUAAAUAUAUGUAUAUUUAUAAUAUCUAAUAUGAGCAGGCCAUUAUUCUCUGUCUUACGAAACAAAAAUGGCAUUCUUCAAUGGAUUUGUUGUGGAUAUAUAAUUAGUUCAUUUGCUGUUUAGAAGCCUUGCCAAAAGUGUUUAGAUUUUGGUACUGCAACUGCUUUUGUCUUGCCCAGAAAUGUUUUGCCUCUUCUUUUCCUACAAGUUAAAUGUUCUAAAUAUAAAGGGGUGUGUGUGUGUGUGUG